AUGGCUGGGAAUCAAAAUGUAUAUCUGCUUCUUGCAGAACUAAGGAAUGACCAGACGAUUCAAGGAAAUGGAAGGCAAAAUGAAAUGAAUACUUCAGAUCCGUUGUUUCUUCAUAGCUCAGAUAAUCCAGGAAUGACAUUGGUUACGGCGCCUUUAACUGGUAAAAUUUUUUUGGCGUGGACCAGAUCUGUAAAAAUUGCCCUUGGAGCGAAGAUGAAGUUAUGGCUUAUUGAUGGCAGUGUUGAAAUACUUGAGAAAACUUCACCUAAUUAUGAAAAAUGGCAGAGAGUUAAUUAUAUGAUUACUUCGUGGUUACUGAACUUUAUCUCCAAAGAUAUUGUUGAAGCCUUUCUAUACACCAGCACUGUUGGGAAUUUACUUAAUCAUGCACAGCAGAAAUAA